AUGGCUCCCAUCGCUGCGCAAUCGCACCACCACCGCAGUACUACCAAGAAGGACAAGAAGGGCUUCAAGUCUCGCCAUGCCACCAAAGGCGCGCUCAAGGAACAGAGCAAGGGCAAGGUCAACUCCCUCUCAUUUGAGUUCGGCAGCCGCAAGACCCCCCACCAACAAGUCGUGAGCAAGAUCGACCGCCGCAACCGCGCCAAGCAGAUGCGCAUCAACAAGGACCAUGAACACGCCAAAUCUUCAAACGUAUUCGCCGGAAAAGAUGGUGCGCCGAGGAUCACUGCGCUCAUCCCGCUGUGUUCGGACGUUUCCACUGCGGCAGCUGUGCGCAGCCUGAACUCCAGUCUGGACAUUGAGGAGGAGGUCCCAGAGGCAGGAUGGACACGCACAAGUGUCGACCGCUUCAAGCAAAAAGUGCAAUACCUGAUCGUCAAGAGGGACCUUCUCGCCGCUCUCGAUGCAUGCCGUGUCGCCGAUUUCGUUGUCUUCAUUCUGUCGGCGCAUGAGGAAGUGGACGCAGAGGGUGAGCUGAUACUGAAAUCGGUUGAAAGCCAGGGUAUUUCAAACACUUUCACCGUCGUACAAGGACUAGACAAGGUCGAACCCGCCAAAGCCAGGCCUUCUGUCGUCUCCUCGCUCAAGUCAUACAUCACCCACUGGCUACCCUCCACCGAGCGCGUCUACUCUCUCGACAACCGACAAGAAGGCGCAAAUCUCGUCCGAUCGCUAUGCACAACCACCACAAAGGGUGUUCGAUGGAGGGACCAGAGAAGCUACAUGUUCAUCGAGGACAUCGCGUGGCCUGGUGGCAAGUCAGCUGUCAGCGAGGAUGGUACUGGCGAUGUAGUCAUUACUGGUGUCGUCCGGGGUCUUGGACUCAAGGCCGACAGGCUAGUACAGGUGGGAGACUGGGGUGACUUCCAAGUCGACAAGAUCGUCGCUGCGUCGCUGGAGUCGAGAAAGAAGAACAAGGAGGAAGAGAUGGCUGUUGACACAGAGGGCGAUGACACCCUGGAGCGUCCAACGGAAGACCAGGACGAUCUUGCAGAUCUCGCCCCGGAGGAGACUAUCAUGGACGACGUUACUAACUACGCCACGUCCAUCGCACCCUCUGAGCGCAAGGGUGUUCUACUCGAUGAUCACCACUACUUCUCAGACGAGGAAGAGGAGGUCGCCCCUGCAAAACAGAGGCGGUUACCAAAGGGUACGAGUAACUACCAGGCCGCAUGGUACCUCGACGAUAUGUCCGACUCGGGUUCUGAUCUCGAGGAUUUCGACAUGGAUGUUGACGAAGACAACCAGAGCCAGCCUGCGCACCCUGCAGAUGGUGUGGAAGGCAUGGAUGUCGAUGGCAAGGCCAUGACAGAGGGAGGACCAUCUGAAUACCCACAGUCGGAGAUGUUCCUAGAUCCAUCACCAGAGGACGAGAUUGCACAGAUUGAGGAGUACCGAAGGUCUAGAAAAACGGAAGAAGACGAAGAUCUGGAGUUCCCUGAUGAGAUCGAGCUGCAUCCGAACGUGAAUGCACGAGAGCGUCUCAUCCGCUACCGCGGACUGAAGAGUCUGAAGAACAGCACUUGGGAAACUGAAGAGGAUCGACCAUACGAGCCGGAGGAGUGGCAACGGUUGCUCGACAUUUCCGACUACAAGCGUACAGCGACCAAGUUCAUGCGCGAAGCCUGGGCUGGUGGUGUCAAGCCUGGAACUCGGGUCAGCGUACAUAUUCGCGGUGUCCCAUUACAAUUCCAGGACAUGCAAUCACGACCAAUGGCCUUGUUCUCGCUGCUUAGACACGAGCACAAGCGCACAGCCUGCAACUACAGCAUCUUACUCAGCUCCGAGCACGAGUCGCCGAUCAAGUCGAAGACUGAGAUGAUUGUGCAGUGCGGACCAAGGAGGAUAGUGAUUAACCCACUUUUCUCCCAUGCUGGUAACACACCCAACAAUGUGCACAAAUUCUCCCGCUUCCUCCACCCUGGCCAGUCGGCCAUUGCAUCCUUCAUCGGUCCUCUAACCUGGGGCAAUGUUCCACUCCUCUACUUCACACGCAACACUCCCUCUCCUGACCAUCCUUCCUCACUUCGCUUGAUCGCGACAGGAACAUCUCUCCCACCCUCCACCAACCGCAUCAUCGCUAAGCGCAUCAUCCUGACUGGUCACCCCUACAAGAUCAACAAGCGCGUCGUCACAGUCCGCUAUAUGUUCUUCAACGACGGCGACGUCAAGUGGUUCAAGAGCUUGCCUCUUUGGACAAAGCGUGGAAGAAGUGGUUUCAUCAAGGAGAGUUUGGGUACGCAUGGAUACUUCAAGGCUACUUUUGACGGCAAGAUCAGCCCAAUGGACGCCGUUGCUGUCAGUUUGUACAAGAGGGUCUGGCCAAGAGGCGCGAGGGCGUGGAGGGGAGAGUUGGACCAGGCUGCUUGA